GCGGCAGACGCGCAGCGAGAGGGGUCGGCGACGCUGAGGUUUCCUGCUUCAACAGUGCUUGGACGGAAACCCGCCCGCCGCCCGGUUCCCCGCCUUCUCUCCUCUAUCUGCCGUCCGUUUUCUUCACUCACCGUUCCCUCAGCCGCCCGCCAUGACCUCCGCGGCCCUCUCGCAGGUGCGCCAGAACUACCACCAGGACUCGGAGGCCGCCAUCAACCGGCAGAUCAACUUGGAACUCUACGCCUCCUACGUCUACCUGUCCAUGUCCUACUACUUUGAUCGGGAUGACGUGGCUCUGAAGAACUUUGCCAAGUACUUCCUGCACCAAUCCCGCGAGGAAAGAGAGCAUGCUGAGAAACUAAUGAAACUACAGAACCAACGAGGUGGCCGGAUCUUCCUGCAGGACAUCAAGAAACCAGACCGUGAUGACUGGGAAAAUGGGCUGACUGCAAUGGAGUGUGCCUUGCACCUGGAAAAGAAUGUGAACCAGUCACUACUGGAACUCCACAAACUGGCAACUGACAAGAAUGACCCCCAUCUGUGCGACUUCAUUGAGACCCACUACCUGGAUGAACAGGUGAAAUCCAUCAAAGAACUGGCGGACCACGUGACCAAUUUGCGCAAGAUGGGAGCCCCAGAUUCUGGCAUGGCGGAGUACCUCUUUGACAAGCACACCCUUGGAGAUAGUGACAAUGAGAGCUAAGCUGGCCUCACCCACUCCUAUGGGUGUAACUUCUCUUUACUAUCCAGCAAUGCAUGUGUCUCUUUGGUUACCUGUUCUCCUCAAUCUGUAUCCCAAAACCACCAUUUUUUUUUUUUUGUUUCUUACUGUGUUGUCAUUACAUCCAAUAAAGUGACUUGGUUCUCCUUUGUGA